AUUGGUGGAAAGAAGCGUGGCUUCACCGAGUUAUAAAUCACCAAAUUAUCUAAACUUUAGUCCUAAUACAUGCUGAGCCCUCAUCAGCACCACAUGGCCAGCUCGCACAGUCCCACCCCUGCAAGCUACUCUCUGGCCGGGGUAACAACUUUGUAAACAUCUGCAGACACCACAUAUAUCACAGACGUCAAAGGAUCUUCUAAUUCCGGCUCUGAUGUUACGCCUGUAGCUUGCAAGGUCAGCGCAAUCCCGUUCCAGGCGCUAGACGUCAUGCUGUCGGAGGAGAGACAUAUGUGGUGGAUGCAUUCGGGGUACAACCAGGAGGUUAAGCAAUCCAGUGAUGAGGACAUGGAUCAAGGCAGCAUGGACGAGAUGAAAGAGUCUAUCAGCGAGGACGUGGAACACAAGUCCGUUGAACGAGACACCAUGGACGGUGCUGUGCAAUCCAAGCUGUGUCCCCGAGGUCGUUGGCGCCCUGCGAAAGACGAGAAGUUAAGGGAGCUUGUGUCUCAAUAUAGGCCGCAAAACUGGAGCCUUAUUGCUGAGAAACUCCAUGGCCGAUCAGAUGGAUACCCUCUUCGACUCUCUUCGCUAUCCACAACUACGGCGACAUUUGCAUUAAUUCUCGAUGAUGUUUAUGACUGUGAUGAUGCAUUCGUUGGUGCAGUUCCUAACACUAGAGCUGUUUUUGUUUUCCUUCUUAUCAGGGAAGAGCUGCAGGCUGCGGUGGUUCAAUCAGCUAGAUCUUUGGAUCAAUCGUCGACCUUUCACUGAAGAUGGAGAGGAGCGUCUUCUUGCUGCUCACCGGUUCCAGGGCAACAAAUGGGCCAUGAUUGUUCGUCUGUUUUCUGGGCGCACAGACAACGCCGUCAAGAACCAUUGGCAUGUGGUCAUGGCUCAAAAGUUCCCCGAGCUGUCUCGUUCCUCCGGGCGUAGAAAAGCUCAAGCGCCUUGCCGAGGCAAAUGACCCAGCUCAUCGUCAGUCCCACAAGGCCACCACAUCAGGUCGUUGAAGGUGUGGAUAGAGAAGCAUAGCACCGACGAUUCCUAGCGGGGAAGUCUCCGAUACUUCUCUACCCACAGAUCAUAGCCAGCUCUUUAAUCCUUCACCUGGCAACCGCAGCAUAUGUCCCCUCCCUCAUUUCACUCAGGCUUCCUAUCUGCUGCUACCUCGGCAGAGAAGGCGCCCGUAGCACAACUUUGUGAUAUCAAACAAAGGGGUAGAUUUGAUAUUAUGGCAAAAUUGAGGCGUAUGUGUGCUAUUAUCAAGGAUACUGAGAUAUUUUGGAAGUUUUUCCUAAAUUUUAUCUACUUUAACCUACUUCUACAAACUUAUGUUAUCUAAG